AUGACCGAGUCAAUACCACCCACCCCCAAUGGCCCCAUCGCCGCAUCACCCACCACCAACCACCCCACUACAUCAACACCACCACAAACAACCUCAACCACAACCACAACACCCCAAUUCCCACCACCCACCACCCCCUCCCUAUCCAGCAUAAUCGCCCUCUGCCACUCCAAAAUCCACACCUUCCUCUCGGAAUCGCACCCGCCAGACUCCCUCCUCCACGCCGUACAAAACCAAACCCGCACCUCCCUAGACGUCAUCGCAACCGCCCUGCACCGCUACCCCCUCAGCGAACUCUCCCUCUCCUACAACGGCGGAAAAGACUGUCUGGUGCUCCUCGUCCUCUUCCUCGCCAGCCUACACCCACACCCAGCCCCCGAAGACGGCGGCCUAUCCUCUAUCCCCGCUAUCUACGCCCUGCCUCCGGACCCCUUCCCGGACGUCGAGGAAUUCGUGCAAUGGUCCGCCCGCGCAUACCAUCUCAACGUGCUCAAGUACACGACAGACCCGCCGCGCUCGACAAUCAAAUCCACCUUUGAGGAUUACCUGUUUCUGAAUCCGGGAGUCAAGGCCAUUUUUGUGGGCACGAGACGCACGGAUCCGCAUGGUGCGAAGUUGACUCAUUUCGAUCGCACGGAUAGCGGAUGGCCGGAUUUUGUGCGCGUGCAUCCUGUUAUUGAUUGGCAUUAUGCCGAGAUUUGGGCUUUUAUUAGGCAUUUGGGGUUGAGGUAUUGUGGGCUUUAUGAUCGUGGUUAUACGAGUCUCGGGGGGACAGCGGAUACGCAUCCGAAUCCGAAGUUGCGGGUGGAGGUGGAUGGCGCUGCUGGGGAUGAGGUGCCUGCGGGGCAGUAUAAACCGGCUUAUGAGUUGACGGAGGAUUUGGAGGAGCGGUUGGGGCGUAACUGA